UGCAGGAAGUUCCCGCAGCACUGAAAGCUCUCUGCUAGCUGACUAGCUGUCAAACACUGAGUCCUGGCGGAUAUCAGCUCAAAACAGCGGACAGUAAACCCCGAAAUAAACCUCAGCAUCGCGCAGGAUAAUGGGAUGAAAUACAUUUGGAAUCUGAGCAUCGAGGAUCUGUGUUUUAGCAAGAUUAAAGGGCAAAAUAUGAAAGCUAUAUACUAGCCAACUGCUCAUGACACAUUAACAACACAGCAGUGUGUUUGGUCGUACAUAAGAGCUCCAGUAUGCAUGACGCAUACGAGCCAGUUCCUAUCCUGGAGAAAUUACCCCUCCAGAUUGACUGUCUGGCGACCUGGGAUGAUUGGCUCCUUGUGGGUACCAAACCAGGCCAUCUCCUUCUGUACAGGAUCAAGAAAGAUGCAGGUACAAACAGGUUUGAAGUUACAUUAGAGAAAUCCAAUAAGAACUUCUCAAAGAAGAUUCAGCAGCUUUUUGUGGUGUCACAGUACAAGAUUUUGAUUAGUUUGUUGGAAAAUAACAUCCACGUUCACGACCUGCUCACGUUCCAGCAGAUAACUGUUGUGUCCAAAGCCAGAGGAGCCACACUGUUUGCCUGUGACCUGCAGCAGUCUAGCUCAGGUGAGGCCAGACUGCGCAUGUGUGUUGCAGUCAAGAGGAAAAUUCUGCUGUAUUACUGGAAGGACAGAGAAUUCCAUGAAUUACAGGGGGAUUUCGCCGCUCCAGACAUUCCCAAGUCCAUGGCUUGGUGUGAGAACUCCAUAUGUGUGGGUUUCAAACGAGACUACUAUCUGAUCCGGAUGGACGGACGUGGCUCAGUCAAAGAACUGUUCCCCACAGGGAAACAGCUGGAACCAUUGGUGGCCCCGUUGGCUGAUGGGAAGGUCGCAGUGGGUCAGGAUGACCUCACGGUUGUUUUGAACGAAGAAGGCGUCUGCACUCAGAAAUGUGCCCUUAACUGGACGGACAUUCCUGUUGCAAUGGAGCACCAGCCACCGUACAUCAUCGCAGUGCUGCCACGCUAUGUGGAGAUCCGCACGCUUGAGCCCAGACUGCUGGUGCAGAGCGUAGAACUGCAGAGACCGCGCUUCAUCACCUCCGCUGGAUCAAAUGUUGUGUAUGUCGCUAGCAAUCACUUUGUUUGGCGUCUGGUGCCCAUCUCUAUAGCCAGCCAGAUACGACAGCUGCUACAGGACAAACAGUUUGAACUGGCACUUCAGCUAGCGAAAAUGAAGGAUGAUUCAGAUGCAGAUAAGAGACAACAGAUCCAUCACAUUCAGAACCUGUUUGCCUUCAACUUGUUCUGUCAGAAACGCUUUGACGACUCCAUGCAGGUGUUUGCAAAGUUAGGCACAGAUCCCACUCAUGUUAUUGGACUGUAUCCAGACCUGCUCCCCUCUGACUACUGCAAACAGCUGCACUACCCCAACCCUCUGCCUGUGAUGUCUGGAGCCGAGCUGGAGAAAGCCCACCUGGCCCUCAUAGACUACCUGACACAGAAACGCAGUCAUUUAGUGAAGCAGCUGAAUGACUCGGACCCCUUCACCACCUCCCCUCUCAUGGAGGGGACCCCCACCAUCAAGAGCCGCAAGAAACUCCUUCAGAUCAUCGACACCACUCUGCUGAAAUGUUACCUCCACACCAAUGUAGCCUUAGUGUCGCCUCUCCUGCGGCUGGAGAACAACCACUGUCACAUAGAGGAGAGCGAGUAUGUGCUGAAGAAAGCCCACAAAUACAGCGAACUCAUCAUCCUCUAUGAGAAAAAAGGCCUUCAUCAGAAAGCUCUGCAGGUUCUGCUGGAUCAGUCCACCAAAGCCAACUCUCCUCUGAAGGGGCAUGAGAGGACUGUACAGUAUCUUCAGAGACUGGGUGUGGAGAACCUGGGCAUCAUAUUUGAGUUUUCGCCGUGGGUUCUGAAGAUUUGUCCAGAGGAUGGACUAAAGAUCUUCACUGAGGACCUGACGGAGGUGGAGACUCUGCCCAGGGAUAAGGUGUUGAACUUCCUGAAGGAGGGCUUCCAGGAGCUGGCCAUCCCGUACCUGGAGCACAUCAUUCACCUGUGGGACGAGACACGGCCCGAGUUCCACAAUGUUCUGAUCCAGCUCUACCUGGAGAAGGUGCAAGGCCUCAUGAAAGUGUACCUCAACUCACUGCCUGAAGGUGUUCCAGCUGUAGCUGCAGGAAAGGAGGCGGGAGAGCUGGGAGAGUACAGGAACAAGCUUCUGUCGUUUCUGGAAGUGUCCAGCAGCUAUGAGCCAGAGCGACUCGUCAGUGAUUUCCCAUUUGAUGGUCUGUUGGAGGAGAGGGCUCUUCUCCUGGGUCGUAUGGGGAAACAUGAGCAGGCUCUUUUCAUCUACGUUCACAUUCUCAAAGACACGCGUAUGGCUGAAGAGUACUGCCAUGGUCAUUAUGAUCCAUCAACAAAUGGCAAUAAAGAUGUGUAUCUGUCCCUGCUGCGCAUGUAUCUGUCUCCUCCGGACGUGCACUUCCUCGGGCCCAUAAAGAUGGAGUUAUGUGAGCCACAGGCAAACCUCCAGGCGGCCCUGAAAGUUCUUCAGCUCCACCACAGCAAACUGAACACCACCAAAGCCAUAAACCUGCUGCCAGCCAACACACAGAUCCGAGAGAUCCAGGUCUUUCUGGAGAGUGUGCUGGAGGAGAAGGCUGGGAGGAAGCGCUUUGACCAGGUCCUGAAGAGCCUCCUACAGGCCGAGUUCCUGCGGGUGCAGGAGGAACGUAUCUUUCACCAGCAGGUGAAGUGUGUCAUCACAGAUGAGAAAACCUGCAGAGUGUGCAAGAAGAAGAUCGGAAACAGUGCCUUUGCCAGGUAUCCUAACGGUGUGGUGGUUCACUACUUCUGCUGUAAAGAUCGCAGCGUGUGUCCAGAGGAGUAGUCAAACCUGCAGACCGGAGACGCCGGAAACGCUAAACACGCUGAGCACAGAGAGCUCGGCAAACGUGAAAACGCCAGACUGACGCGCCGCCGAAGAAAACGCCAGUCUCUCUCUCUCUCUCUCUCUCUCUCUACAUCUCUCGCAAAGCCGACACGUCUGUCUGAAGAAAUUAAUCAACUUCCAAAGUAAAAAAAAAAAAAAACAUGGACAGUGAGACUAAAUUCAGAUUUAUAAAGUGUGUUACUUUGAAAGCUUCACCUAAAUGCACAGCACAGACCCUGACGUCUCUCUGUCCCCUGAGAAGCGCUUAUUCCCUCACAUCCCACCUUUUCUUCAUCGCGGACAGUGCACCUUUUCAUCCAACAUGACGCUUUGUCCGAUGCCUUUAGUGGAGAGUAAAGGCAUGUGUUUGUGUGCACCUUCAGGUGCUCAGGACUGUUACUCUGAGCUGCUCUACUUCACUCCGUUAGCUUGAGAUGAAAUCAGACUCCAGAUAAAAACCUUAAUGUGGCCCCUCUACAGAAAGGCCUGCACUGGCACACACUCUGCAGGAGAAACAGCUGGAUCAUUUACACUCAGAUACUGGAGACAGGGGUGCCUGCCAGCCAGUUCAUUGUCAUUUUGACAGUGUUCUUACUGUAAUGUAAUUACAAGUUAUAUACUGUAAUUACGGAAUAUAGACAAAUACUGUAUUUUUUUUAGCAAUACGGUCGUUUACCAAAUGCAUUUACCGGUGUAAUACUGUAAUUUUACCACAAAAUUGCAAUCUGGUAAAUUACUAUAUUAUUAAAAAUACAGUAUUUUUCUGUAUUCUGAAAUAAUUCAGUUACGGUAAGUGGCUGACAACUUCUGGCUUUCCAGUAUUUUACUGUAAAUUUGACAGUGUUUUUCUGCUAUGGGCUGUCAAAUGGAAGGACGAAUGACUUUCUAGUUUCUAAGAUAACUUGUUUAUGGCUAGAAGUCUGGAUGUGUUUUUUUU